UUUUUUUUUUCUCUCUCUCUCUCUCUCUUUCUCUCUCUCUCUUAAUUAUACCAUGCUCUUCUUCUCCGACCAACUUCCGACACACAAAAGCUUCCUCGUUACAAUCCUCCGGUAAACAAUAUAUUAUUUAGAAAUAAAUAAAAAAAGAAUUAUAUAUAUAUAUAUAUAUGGAGAGCACCGAUUCCUCCACCGGGUCGCAGAAGCCGCAGCUGCCGCCGGGGUUCCGCUUCCACCCCACCGACGAAGAACUGGUGGUGCACUACCUGAAGAAGAAGGCGGCCUCCGCCCCUCUCCCUGUUUCUAUCAUAGCUGAAGUUGAUCUCUACAAAUUCGAUCCUUGGGAACUCCCAGCGAAGUCAAUAUUCGGAGAGCAAGAGUGGUAUUUCUUCAGUCCAAGAGACAGGAAAUACCCGAACGGAGCCCGGCCGAACCGGGCAGCUACCUCCGGCUACUGGAAGGCCACCGGAACCGACAAGCCGGUGAUGACAGCCGGAGGAACACAGAAGGUUGGGGUUAAGAAGGCGCUGGUUUUCUACGGCGGGAAGCCGCCGAAAGGAAUCAAAACGAAUUGGAUCAUGCACGAGUACAGACUCACCGACAACAAACCCCCGAACAUGAAACCUCCCGGCUGUGACGUCACCAAUAAAAAGGCUUCCUUACGGCUGGAUGAUUGGGUGUUGUGUCGGAUAUAUAAGAAGAACAACGCGCAGAGGCCGGUGGAUCAAGAAAGAGACGAAGGACAUGACGUCAUCAUGGGCUCGUUCAAGGCGGGUUUGCCGGCGGCGAUGGCCGUCGUCGGAGAACAACAGAGGUUUCUAGAGAACGACCACAGCAGCUUUUACGAUGGGAUGAUGAGCGGCGGCGAUCAUCAUUUGAAGUUACAGCACCAUCAGUUUCCUUUAUUGGUUUCCUCCGCCGCCGCAGACCCGAAUAGUAUCCUCGCCGGAAAGAGGGCUCUGCCGGGUUUGUACUGGAACGACGAUGGCGGCGGCGGUGGUGGGAGCGCCAGCUCACCUCCGACGAAGAGAUUCCUCACUGAGAGCUGCGACGGCAGCAUCGUCAGCCAGCUGCCGCAAACUCCGGCGACUCUGCAGCAGCAUCAAGCAAUGCUGGGUAGUCUCGGAGAUGGGGUUUUCCGGCAGCAACAGUAUCAGAUCUCCGGCAUGAAUUGGUACGCCUGAUUUAUUAGUGAUGCAAUAUUAACUAUUAUUUGUUUGGAUGUAUCUAUACAUAUAUUAUGGGGAUUACAGAUUUUGCUAGGGGGGGAGAAUUAUAAAUUAUACGUACAC